UGACACCCAAUUUGUACCGGUAGGCGGAGUUAAUGUACACUAUCAGUUACAUAACAAUUACGAAGUAAUCGCUGGAAAAAUGUCCGACGACGGCAACAGUACGCAAAAUUUUCUACGUCAGAUUGACCCAGGGUUGGCGAAAUAUGCGUCAGAAUUCAAGAAAUGUGAUGUCAGCAAUCUUAAUACCUUGCGAUAUUUAUUACCAAGUGAGGUAAAUUCCAUGGAAAUGCCACAGGUGUACAAACGAAUGGUGAUAGAUAAGAUCAUUAACAUGCAAACGCCAGAAACUAAAAGUGCAUUUAAAAAGAAAAUGAAGGCAGAUGCCGGCACGGCCGCAUCACAUCCACCUAAACGGCUGAAGUUUGAAAACACUGUUAGUAGUCCCGGUAUUGACGUUACGGAUGCAGCAAAAUCCGACUCGGGGAUUUGUGGAUCGACGCAGAAUGACAGUUACCUUAAAAAAAAACUGGGUCGUCUGAGAGACGAAAAGGAAACACUUGUGAUUUUGCUUUCUCACAAAAUCUAGUAGAGAAUGACUAUAUGACUAUAUUCACUGUUAAAGAUGUUAUGAAUUCUCCGGUCCCAGUGA